CAUUUUGACCACUAAGCGCUCGACCCGGCGGCGUUUGGCCUCGUCACUCGCUCCUGUCUCCUGUCGAUGGAGUCCGUCGCGGCAUCGCCUGCGAUCGCCUCGUCGCCGUCUUCCUUCUCCUUCUUCUCUAGCAAGAGAAGCGCCCGUAGACGCCAAUCGCUCCUCCCGAUCGCCUCCAUGAAUUGGGGAGAUGAUGCUGAUCUCAAUUCGGACUCCGAGAGCACGAGUCUCGUUCCUUUCCUCGGCAAUCGCGCUCCCAUUUCCCCGCUUCCCAAGGAUAAGGCUAUGGGCUUGGUUUUAAGCGCGGCAGCUGGAAGAGGGUGGACGACGGGAUCGGGAAUGGAAGGCCCUCCGAUCCCCGCCGACUCCGAUUCCGCUGAUCAGACGGUUCUCACGUUCCCCUGGUCCCUCUACACCCGAUCUCCGCGACGUCGAAUGCGCGUGGCCUUUACCUGCAACAUCUGUGGCCAGCGGACCACUCGUGCCAUCAAUCCUCAUGCGUAUACGGACGGCACCGUGUUUGUUCAGUGUUGCGGCUGCAAUGUGUUCCAUAAAUUGGUGGACAAUCUGAAUCUGUUCCACGAGAUGAAAUGUUACGUGAACCCUAGUUUCCGCUACAAAGGAGACAUGCCGUUCAAUCACAUUGAUGCAGAUGAUGAUCAGGACAUCUUUCCCUUCUUAUGAGGUGAAAGAAUUGGACGGUAUAGAAGUGAACUGUAAAUAUUGUCUCGUUGGCACGACAAAUAAUAUGUGAAUUGAUGUGUGUACCGACAUCUAGAGAUUGACUUGCUUGUAGAUGUAAUACCUGCACUGUAUUUUGCAGUACCUGAUGGCACUUAGUUUUUGUUAAUAGAUAUUGGUUGAACCCUUA